AUGGAGAGGCACAUGAGAAGUGCGGUGGUUAUCUUGCUUUGGUUUCUCUUUCAAGGGAACACUGAAGUUAGUUUUUGUGCUGGGAAUCCAAGUCGUGUUAUUUGCAGAGGAAGAGAAAAACGAGCCCUCCUGAGCUUCAGAAGCCAUGUUGCUCCUUCAAACCGGCUCUCAUCUUGGACGGGUGAAGAGUGCUGUGUGUGGGACCGAGUUGGCUGUGACAACAUCACAGGGCAUGUUGUCAAGCUCAACCUUCGGUACUCGGAUGAUCUUUCUGUACUUGGAGAGAAUAAAUUGUAUGGAGAGAUAAGUAAUUCCUUGCUGGACUUGAAACAUCUUCGUUGCUUGGACCUGAGCAGCAAUUACUUUGGAGGAUCUCAAAUUCCACAAUUUUUUGCUUCACUGGCGACACUGAGAUAUCUUAACCUCUCUAAAGCAGGUUUUGCUGGUCCCAUUCCUACACAGCUUGGAAAUUUAUCCAACUUGCAGCAUCUUGACAUCAAAGGUAAUAGUCUGAAUGUUGAGGAUCUUGAAUGGGUUGGUAAUCUCACUUCCUUACAAGUCCUUGACAUGAGCGGAGUGAAAAUACGCAAGGCUGCAAACUGGCUUGAGAUUAGUGGCAACAUGCCAAAGAGUUUACCUUUGUCAUCCAGGAUCAAUCUUGGUUCAAACAGAAGGAUUGAUGGAGUAUAUUCAUUGACAUUCUUAGAUCUUUCAGGAAAUCUUCUAGAGGGAGAACUUCCUGAUUGUUGGAGCUACUGGACAAAAUUGUUGGUGUUAAAAUUGGGGUAUAAUAAUUUGACCGGAAACAUUCCUAGCUCCAUGGGCAAUUUAAUUUCACUCGGGUCAUUGCACUUGCGCAACAACCAUCUUUCUGGAGUUCUACCGACUUCGUUGCAGAACUGCAAAAAUUUGGUUGUUUUGGAUCUUAGUGAGAAUCAAUUCACUGGGAGCUUACCAAGAUGGAUUGGGAAACUUGGCGAGAAGUAUUUAACAGGGUACACCAUAUUCCGCCUGAGGAUUCUUGCCCUUCGAUCAAAUAAGUUCGAUGGAAAUAUUCCUCAAGAAUUCUGCCGUCUGGAAUCCCUUCAAAUCUUGGACCUUGCAGACAAUAAUAUCUCGGGAUCCAUUCCGAGAUGCUUUGGCAGUCUCCUAGCCAUGGCAUACCCAUAUUCAGAAGAGCCCUUUUUUCAUAGUGAUUAUUGGACCGCAGAAUUCAGGGAAGCAAUGGUUCUUGUGAUAAAAGGAAGAAAAUUAGUUUACAGUCGUACCCUUCCCUUUGUAGUCAGCAUGGAUCUCUCCUACAAUAACUUAUCAGGCAAUAUGCCUGAAGAACUAACAAGUCUCCAUGGUUUGGUAUCCUUGAACCUGUCUCAAAAUCAUCUCGAAGGAAAUAUUCCCCAUGAGAUUAGACUCUUGCAAGAAUUGAUGAGUCUUGAUCUCUCUAUGAACAAACUUUCUGGUGUUAUUCCUCAAAGCAUGGAAAGUAUGCUGUUCUUGAGUUUCUUAAAUUUAUCAUACAAUGAUUUCUCCGGUAGAAUUCCAUCCAGAUGCCAAAUGUCGACCUUUGACACAGACAGUUACAUUGGCAAUCAUAAGCUCUGUGGGUCUCCACUUCCAGAUGCUUGUGCUGGAGACUAUGCACCGGAAGGUCCAAUAAUGGCUGAUGAAGACCGUACUUGUGGUAGAGGUGAUGAACUGAUAGAAAAUCAUGGUUUUCACGAAGAUAAGGAUGGAUGGAUCGAUAUGAAGUGGUUUUAUAUGGGCAUGCCACUAGGAUUCGUGGUGGGUUUUUGGGCAGUUUUUGGCCCAUUAGCAUUCAACAGGGCUUGGAGGCAUGCGUUUUUUGGGUUCUUAGAUGACAUUAAAUACAAACUGUUGGGAUUGUGA